GUCUCAGUUUUCCAUAUUUCUUUUAAACAUUAAUUUCAACAAAAAUUUGUGUUUCUUUAUCCCUGAUAUUUAACCCUAAAUUAUGAUUGAUUUGAACAAUAAAGUAGCUUUGAUCACUGGUUCUAGUGAUGGGAUUGGAGCUGCAACAGCCAAACUCUUUUCAUCUUUAGGGGCUAAAGUGGCCAUUGUUGGUCGUAAGCAAGAUAAACUGGAUAAAGUUGCUGCUGAAUGUGAAGCUAAAUCACCUCAUAACUACAAACCUGUUGUCAUAAGAGCUGAUUUUGUUAAUGAUGAAGACGUUGUACGAACCCUUCAAGAGACCAUUUCUGCAUAUAAACACUUGGAUAUUUUAAUCAACAAUGCUGGUCAGAGUAACAAUAAAGAUUUCCUUGAUACCGACGCUCUUAGUGACUAUGAUCGAACUCAACAAAUCAAUGUCCGAUCUGUUGUCCGACUGACUCAAUUAGCUGCACCAUAUUUGAUUGAGGCUAAAGGAUCUGUUGUCAAUGUUUCCAGUGUCUCUAGUUUAAACACGUUUCCACGUAUGUGGUCUUAUGGAAUGGCCAAAUCUGCUCUCAAUAUGUUCACGAAAACAAUGGCCAGUAGAUUGGCUCCAAAUGUUCGAGUUAACUCAGUCGUUCCUGGUCCAGUUCGAACCAAUUUUGUUGCCUCGCUUAACCUUGACCCAAAGACUACAUGGGACCGUUUAGUCGAUAAACAGCCUUUGAAACGAGUUGCUGAUCCAAUUGACCUUGCCAACUUGAUCGCUUUUCUUGCAUGUGAUGCUUCUCGAAAUACAACUGGAUCAAUUGUUGUAUCAGAUUCUGGGGAAUUAAUCGCUGAUCCUAUGAAAUAAUCGCUGCGUCUAAUAAUCAAUAAUAAGGAUUUACUUUUACGGUUUAUUUUUUCGUUUUACUUAUCAUUUCAUUUUAAUUAUAUGAUUUAUCUCAUGCCUCAUAUCUCAUCUCAUUAAAUUAUCUGAUGGUUCAGCCAUUUACGCAUAUAUUUCAAUAAUAGAUGGUAAAAAUCGUUAAUUUAUCUUAUUGAAACAGUAAAAAUUUAUUGAAUUGA